CUCACGGUACCCGGUGUGUGUCAAGAUCUAUUGUUCACUGCGGCUGAUUUGUUGGAUGAAGGCGAAAUUGGCCGGGGCGCUUUCGGAUUCGUGAAUCGUAUGGUUCAUACGCCAACUGGAGUUGUCAUGGCCGUGAAGCGAAUACGAUCCACGCUAAAUGAAUCCGAACAGACACAAACAUUGAAAGAUUUGGACGUGGUUGUGAAUUCCGCGAAUUGUGCACACAUUGUACGGUUUUACGGUGCCCUGUUCCAAGAAGGUGAUUGUUGGAUCUGUAUGGAAAUGAUGGCCACAUCGUUGGACAAAUUCUAUAAGUUUGUGUACCGUAACAUUCGUUCGCGCAUUCCAGAAGCGGUUCUGGGGAAGAUUGCCACCGCUGUUAUUUCGGCCUUGGAUUAUUUGAAAACCGAAUUGCAAGUAAUUCAUCGAGACGUGAAACCAUCGAAUAUCCUAAUCGAUCGAGAGGGUCGCGUCAAACUGUGCGAUUUCGGAAUUUCCGGUCAGUUGGUGGACAGUAUUGCUAAAUCGUGCGAGGCCGGUUGUAAACCCUAUAUGGCUGUAAGUUAUCUUGUCGAUAUUUCUGACUAG